AUUCCAACAUCUGAUCGCACAAGGGGAUGUUCGAUUCACCUUACCCAAAAUAUUGGCAUCAUCUCGAACGCAUCCUCACAAGGCGAGCUAUCCUAUCGUAUAUCAAGCUUACACGUAGCGUUCACAGCGCAGAAGGUGACACUGACCAUUCCCUGGUGUAGAGCAAAGUGAAACUACAGGCACAGAGAAUCUACCACACAAAGACUGUGUGCAAACCAUGCCUUGGCGUCAGCAAGACUCGCGAUGCACAGAAAGUGGAGGAGUUCAUAACUACGCUUGAGAAAUCUCUCCCCCAGCCUCUCUUCGGGAAAAGUCCAAGAAAGAUUGGAUUACUUCAGGGAUGCAGUCAAUGGAUCAUCCAUGCCCAACUUCGGCCAGAAGAAAUACAAAUCUGCAGACUGUUAGAGCCUUAGAGGCGCAUAUAGAGACAAUCCAGCAAUAGAAGAAAAGAGAAAAGUGUUAACUGGAUAAAAUACCUGCUCAAGUGAACAAAAUCUACAGGCUCUACAGGCAGCACGUAAUAAUGUGCAACGAUGCUGUGAAAAUGAAUACUAGCCUGAACUCUCUGCCAGUAUUCAUUCUGCUGUUGAGACAGCUAUUAUCAAGGCAUAUGUACGAUGAAAUGAAGCAGGCACUUGGUCCUUAUCAGAAAAAAACAGCCCCCUUAAAUUUUGCUACAGGCGAGAUAAUUCAGGACCGAACGCAACAGAUGGAGCGCUGGGUAGAACAAGAUUACUCUGAGUUGUCUCCCAGAGAAAAUAUGGUGUCUUUGGAAGCACUGAACGCCAUAGAUUGCUUACCUGUUCUGGAGGACCUGGAGAGUGAACCUACUAGAGUGGAGCUGAAAGAGGCCCUGGGGUACCUGCACCUUGAAAAGUGCGCGGCCAGGAUGGUAAUACUCUGCCUGUGGUAG